UCGAAAACUUAUGCAUAAUUCUGACUAAGUUCAAAAACGGUUUAAAAUCGUGGAGUGUAACCGCAUUCUACGGGUUAAUCUAACUUUAGAACAAUAAUAAUGUGUUGGACAGUAACGUAAUUUUAUUUUUUUGAGUGGUUGAGGACGAAUAAUGCCAGUUUAUUGGUAUUAAUAGUUAUAUAAAGAUGGAUUCCAGACUAUAUAGCUAAUGCAGGAGCCUCCAAAUGGCUUUCUAAGCACUCCAACUUUUGGAAAGCGCCACAGCCAAGCAAUCAUCUUGUGUAUAAUGAUGUUCCUAGCCUUUGCGAUAAGAGUAUCAUUCUCUGUAGCUAUUGUGGCUAUGACAACACCGUCAGCCAACAGGAAUCCAAAUAUACCAACGUACCCUGAAUGGAAGGAUAAAAGUGUUGCAUUAUCAGCAUUUUUUUGGGGAUACAUAAUACCACAACUGUUUGCUGGGUGGAUAGCAGUACAAUAUGGUCCAAAAUGGUUCUUGAUCGGUUGUAUGGCUGUAUGUGGCGGCAUGUGUAUAGUCCUACCGGGUAUGGCAGCUUUAGUAGGGUCUAUGGGUGUAAUGGCCAGUAGAGCUAUACAGGGAUUCUGUCAAGGAUUUAUAGUUCCUUGCGUCCAUUGUGCCAUAAGUCGUUGGGUACCACCUGCAGAAAGAUCUAGAUUAGCAACAAUAGUAUAUUCUGCUGGUCCUCUUGGCACAGUUACUGGUAUGUUGCUAACUGGUGUGAUAUCAGCAAGUAAUCUUGGCUGGCCUAUGGUGUUCUAUCUCUUUGGAUCAGCAUCAAUUCUAUGGGCCAUCUUCAGUGCAUACUUUAGUGCAAACAGUCCGUCAACGCAUCCGAACAUAAGCGAAGGAGAAAGAUAUUUUAUAGAGAGCAGUUUAGGACAAUCUGUAGAUAAGCCGAAACCGAAAACACCUUGGAAAGCAAUUUGCACAUCUGUACCAGUGUGGGCCAUCCUUGUCGGUCACUGCGGUAACAAUUGGGGCUACUGGACAUUGAUGACUGAAAUACCAACUUAUAUGAGCAAAGUAAUGAACUUCGAUAUUAAAGAGAACAGUGUUCUAUCGGCGCUACCGUACUUGGUCAUGUGGAUUUUAAAUUUCUUCAUUGGCUUUGCUUCUGAUGCUUUAAUAAAUAGAAAAGUUCUAACAGUGGGCCAUGCGAGGAAGUUAUUUAAUUCAAUAGGAUUGCUCAUACCAGCAUUAUCUCUAUUCUUUCUGGGUGUAACGCCGGGAAAUGAACCAGUAAGGGCAGUAACUUUACUCGUUAUAGCUGUCGGAUUCGGUUCUGGAGUUUACUGCGGUUUCAACGUUAACCACGUGGAUAUAUCACCUAUCCAUGCAGGGACAUUGAUGGGCAUCACCAAUACCAUAGCAAAUAUAACUGGAAUAUUUGCACCUUUAAUGGUGCAGAUUAUAGUAACAGAUGAGACUGAUGCUACUCAAUGGAAGAUAAUAUUUUUCAUCACAGCUAUCAUAAACGUUGCCACCGGUUUAUUUUCCAAUUUCUUUGCAUCCGGAGAAGUUCAAAAAUGGAAUGACAGUCCAUAACGAUUGAGGUAUUGUGAAAUUCCAAAUUAAGAAGAAGAGAAAAUACGAUUUCCACAGAGCGAUAUCCAAGAAAAUGGCAUUAAAAACAAUCUACGAAAAAACAAAAGAUGAAACGCAAUAAUAACAACGUCAAUAUAGGUAUUCUCUCACCGCACAAACUUUCCAUAGGUUUAAAGAUAGAGAAUUGUAACGAAAAUGUAUGUCCCAAAGGUGACAA